AUGUCUAGGCCUACCAAAUCAGGGCCCGAGGCACAAAAUGCGAGGUUUCAUACGCCCCAGUGGGUGUCCCUUGUGGCCGGAGGCAUUGCCGGUGGAGUGGAAGCAGCUACAACGUAUCCAUUUGAGUAUUCAAAAACACGUGUUCAAUUGUUGAACGACAGCGCUAUCAGGACAUCCAACCCACUCAGUCUCAUCAUCCAAGUUGCAAGACAGGAAGGUGUCGGUGCUUUGUACACAGGGUGCUCAACUCUUGUCAUCGGAACUACAGCAAAAGCCGCCGUCCGGUUCGUGUCAUACGACACGAUCCGUAAUUCUCUUGCAGAUGAUCGCGGCGUUCUCUCAGCUGGCCGGGGGAUGCUUGCUGGGAUGACUGCCGGCGCUGUAGAAAGUGUCCUAGCAGUAACACCGACCGAGAGAAUUAAAACAGCAUUAAUCGACGAUGCAAAAGGCGCUCGCCAAUUCAAGUCGAGCAUACAUGCGAUCCAAGUGCUAGUGCAAAGGAAUGGUAUCACCGAGCUAUAUCGUGGUCUUUUCUCCACGAUGAUGAAGCAAUCGGCUACUUCUGCUGUUCGUAUGGGAACGUACAACGUGCUCAGGGAGGCCACCAAGGCUAGGGGCAUCAAGCCAAACAUGUUCACAACCUUCGGGAUUGGUGCCUUGGCAGGUGUAGUCACUGUCUACGCUACACAACCAUUUGAUACCAUCAAGACACGUGCGCAGGGUGUGCAGGGAGCUGGCAUCGUUGAGGCCUCCCGGAGCGUGAUUCGUGAUUAUGGGAUUCGGGGAUUUUGGAAGGGUAGCUCCAUGAGACUGGGCCGGCUUCUGUUAAGCGGUGGCAUUGUAUUUUCUGUGUAUGAAGAAGUAGCUGCCAUUCUAUCUCCGGGGACGCGUCGAUAG